AUGUCUUCUGAUCUUGCCAUCGUCUACGCUGCCCUCAUCCUCAAGGAUGACAAUGUCGAAGUCACCUCUGACAAGCUCCAGACUCUUGUCAAGGCUGCCGGUUUGACCGAAAUCGAACCUAUCUGGUUCUCGCUCUAUGCGAAGGCUCUCGAGGGUCAGGACCUCAAGGAAUUGAUCUUCAACGUUGGUGCCGGUGCCGGUGCUGCUGCUGCUGGUCCCGCUGCUGGUGGUGCUGCUGCUACUGAAGAGGCCGCUGCCGAGGAAGAGAAGAAGGAAGAAGAAAAGGAGGAAUCCGAUGAAGAUAUGGGCUUUGGUCUUUUCGAUUAA